GUCGGGCCGGGCAGGGCGGCUGGGGAUGGGUGGGGGGGCCGACUUCCUGGGGCCGUCCGUGAGGAUGUCGCGACCGCCCCCGGGGGCCCCUCAGCCCCGGAGACGCCGCCGCAACGGAGUCCGCAGCCUCCCUGCCUGAGGCGUCCGCGGCCCGGAUCCGGCCCCUCCCCUCCCCUCCCCUCCCAGGUGCGGGCCGGGCAGGCGGCCGCGGCAGAUUUUAUCAUGUGGGCAACCUGCUGCAACUGGUUCUGCCUGGAUGGACAGCCUGAGGAGGUCCCAACACCCCAGGGAGCCAGGACGCAGGCCUAUUCCAACCCUGGGUACAGCUCCUUCCCUUCCCCAACAGGCUCAGAACCAAGCUGCAGGGCCUGUGGGGCCCAUUUCGCAAACACGGCCAGGAAGCAGACCUGCUUGGACUGUAAGAAAAAUUUCUGCAUGACCUGUUCGAGCCAAGUGGGGAAUGGGCCCCGCCUCUGCCUUCUCUGCCAACGGUUCCGAGCCACAGCCUUUCAGCGGGAGGAGCUCAUGAAGAUGAAGGUGAAGGACCUGAGGGACUAUCUCAGCCUCCAUGACAUCUCUACCGAAAUGUGCCGGGAGAAAGAAGAGCUGGUGUUCUUGGUGCUUGGCCAGCAGCCUGUAAUCUCCCAAGAGGGCAGGACUCGUGCCCCGACCUUGUCCCCGGACUUCCCUGAGCAGCAGGCCUUCCUGAGCCAGCCUCACACCAGCACGGUACCUCCUACCUCACCCAGCCCCUCUUCAUCUGCACAAGCCACCUCUGUCCCCUCAGCGCCGGCUCAGGAGCAUCAGCAGGCCAAUGGCCAUGUGUCUCAGGACUACGAAGAGCCCGGCUACCUGGAGAGCACAGCCAGAGCAGCUGCUGAGGACGAGACCCAGUCCGUUGACUCAGAGGACAGCUUCGUCCCAGGUCGGAGGGCCUCUCUGUCUGACCUGACUGACCUGGAGGACAUUGAAGGCCUGACAGUGCGGCAGCUGAAGGAGAUCCUGGCUCGCAACUUCGUCAACUACAAGGGCUGCUGUGAGAAGUGGGAGCUGAUGGAGAGGGUGACGCGGCUGUACAAGGAUCAGAAAGGACUCCAGCACCUGGUGUGUGGCGCUGAAGACCAAAAUGGGGGAGCAGUGCCGUCCAGCCUGGAGGAGAACCUGUGUAAGAUCUGCAUGGACUCGCCCAUUGACUGUGUCCUGCUGGAGUGCGGCCACAUGGUGACCUGUACCAAGUGUGGCAAACGCAUGAAUGAGUGUCCCAUCUGCCGGCAGUAUGUGAUCCGAGCUGUGCACGUCUUCCGGUCCUGAGGGCUUGCAUCUGCUUCUUCAGUGCCUUACAGGGACAUAGCCUGGGAUGCCUGGGCUCAGGGUUGGCCAGCUUGCAGAGGGGGCAAGUUAAAAGAAGAAAUUUUGCAGUGUUCCCAAGAUCAGGGCAAGCAAAGACACCAUGUUACCCCUGGGCGUGCCUGUCUUGCCAUGGGGGUACACCUUUUGACUGGCCGAGCCCCUGAGGCCAGUGGGGACUGCUACAAAUCACACGGGUGAGUCCUUAUUUCAGUGAUCUUGGGGUGAUGAUGGUACAUGAUGAAAAGACUUGCCAGAACUUCGACCAUGUCUUCCUCCCUUCCUCUGAGAACCUAGGCAGUUUCACCCUUCCUCCUGGACCCCACCCAUCCCCUGGAGAUGUUUGCCUGUGUCUUUCAUCAAUCAAAAGUCCUGUCAGAAAUGGUUGUCUUCCUCUCCAGCACAUUGGGAUUUAAAUUUCUGGUCUCUGGCUUUCUGUGCUUUAACCUACCUUUGCUAAAGUCUCUUGCUACAUUGCCUAAAAUCCCUUUGUUUCUUUGGACCAAAACUGUUAGUUUACCAGACCAAUUGUGGUCUUUAGGAUAGAAUUUGGACCAGUAAAUUUAACUCUGGUAAGAAAUGAUACACAAGUGUUAUCAAAAAACUUCAGUUGUUAAGAGUUGCUUCCUUAAGUGCUGGGAUUGGAAGCUCUCAGUCUUUGUCCUGAUCCUAAGAGCCAACAAACUGCUGGGAAAUCCCAGUCUCUAGGCAGGGGAUGGUGCAUGGGUAAUCUCUGCUGCUUCCUCUCUUGGGGCCUGACUUUGCACCAUCUUUUAGUUUGUGAGGAAAGCGGAAGUGUUAGGUAAAGGCAGUGGCUUUCUGCUUAACUUUGGCUUGGCUUCUGAGCCUCUUUUUGCAAUAGGCAGGAGUUUUAAACGACUUUCCCCUGAAAAUGAAGUCCACCCCCCCUCCCAUGAGGUUUUAAACUUGGUCUCACCCAAGACACGGAGACUUAGGCAAAGAACCUUGCUCUCCUCUCUAGCCAGAUGAAGUUCCUGGAGACCAAACACCUGUAAGAACACCUAAGAGAUAUCAGAAGGUACUGAAUGAGCCUGGAUUCUGCCUGUGCACAGAUAGCUGAAGUCUUAAUUCCCCAGGUUGGUGGGGAAUCCCUACUCGCAUUUUCCUUCUUAGCCUACUGAUUUUUGGGGGCAGGUCAGGGAAGCAGCAUUCUCUAGGCCCCUUCGGAAGAAGGAUGUUAAUGAGUAGGUGAUGUUUUUGAGCCCUCUUAGGGUCUUUAGACCACUGGAGGAACCAAAGGGCUUAAGUUUGCUGGAAAAGCUGAGGCAAGCACAGAACACACAUGCUAUCAGGAAAGCUGUGUGUCCUCCCGUUACCAACGGAUGAACUAUGCAAACCCUAAACACCUGAGGAGGGCCCCCCUUGCCGCAGCUGAGCUCCCUGAGACUAGAAGAACCAAUCAUGACUCUGGGUGGCAGUGGGAAACCUCUAAAGGGACCUAUUAAUUGGUGCAGAUGUACUUACGCUUUUGCUUCAUCAUCAACCACUAAACCCCUUCGGGAGAAUGAAAUAAUUUCAAAACGUAGUUGUCAGCUGAACACUGGGCCACUUACCUCAACAUGAUACCAAGGCCUGGAUGAUUUGAUUCUGGGCCGAAGCUUUUGUAGGAAUUGGGGAAUAUGAGAUUUUCCCAUGAAAAUAUCACCUUUCUGGCAGACAAUAAAUGCUGUAGUUUACAAUGCCUACCAGUUUAAACAAAGGAUCAUUCAUUCAGCUACUCUUGAAUUCCACUGUGAAACAGGUCUAUGUAUAUGCUACUCAGUUAAGAUCUAGCAAUAACUUCAGGGCAGAAGCUGGCUCUCUCCCUACUUCACACUUUUCUCUGCUGAAGCCCUACCUCCCCCUACCUCCCCAUUUUCCUCCUAGACACAAGUUGAAAAUAGUAUACUGAUGGUUGGUUAGUAAUCUCAGUGAGAAUUAGAACUGAUGUCAUUUACACAUUUUGGAGAAAGAACUUGCCUUUAAAUGUUUUGUCCUCUUAUGGUGAGUUACCAUUUAGGAAGAAAGGUGUCAACCCUGAUUUUUUUUUUUUUUUUGGUAUCACUUUUAUUAUUACAACAAAUAAAAGUUGGAAGUCCCAACAUCCCAUUCCAGUUAAUAUCUAACCCAAGUAUAAAACUUGAUUUUUUUAAAUCCUUGAAUCCUCCCUCCUGCCCCUCACGAAUCCUUGGUUUUAAUUAUCAUGGAAACAUGUAAUUCUUCCAAUUAUUCCGUGGCUUUUGCUGUGAUUGCUGAGAUUUCAGUUGAGACUUAAGACUUGGACAGCUGACUGGCUCAUAAUACAUUGGAAUAGUUGGAUCCAAACUAAUAAGCUGUAAAGAAAUUAGUGCUCAAAUAUAUAUUGUAUAAAUUUGUUGAAAUCUC